GCGUGAAAUAUCGAGAUCGGACAGCGCCAUAUUGUUUAGAGGUUGGAGCGUGAUUCCAAAAAUCGCAGUUCAACAUUAUUUACCAAAAUGCCGCGUAUUAAUAUUAAAGGAGGUGUUUGGAGAAACACAGAGGAUGAAAUCCUUAAGGCAGCUGUAAUGAAAUAUGGCAAGAACCAAUGGGCUAGGAUUGCUUCAUUGCUUCACAGAAAAACGGCCAAACAGUGCAAAGCAAGAUGGUUUGAGUGGCUUGACCCAAGCAUCAAGAAAACAGAAUGGAGCAGAGAAGAAGAAGAGAAGCUGUUACAUUUGGCCAAACUGAUGCCAACACAGUGGAGAACUAUUGCACCAAUUAUAGGAAGAACAGCAGCACAGUGCUUGGAACAUUAUGAAUUCUUGCUAGACAAAGCACAAAACAGAGAACAAGAAGAGAGCUCAGAUGAUCCACGGAAGUUGAAACCAGGUGAAAUUGACCCCAACCCAGAGACCAAGCCUGCCAGACCAGAUCCUAUAGAUAUGGAUGAAGAUGAGCUGGAGAUGUUGUCUGAGGCCAGAGCACGUCUGGCAAACACACAAGGCAAGAAAGCCAAAAGGAAAGCCAGAGAGAAACAAUUAGAGGAAGCCAGACGUUUAGCAGCUCUUCAGAAGAGGAGAGAGCUGAGAGCAGCUGGUAUUCAGUUGAAAGACAGAAAGAGGAAAAAGAGGGGUGUUGAUUACAAUGCUGAAAUACCCUUUGAGAAAAAGCCAGCAGCUGGUUUCUAUGAUACAACUAAUGAAACCUAUGAUCCUCUGGCACCAAAUUUCAAACGUCUGCGGCAGCAAGAAUUUGAGGGUGAGAGAAGAGAUAAUAAAGAGGCAAAGGAAAGAAAGAAAGACAAAGAAAAACAGAAGAAUCGCAAAGAAAAUGAUCUGCCAGGGGCCAUCAUGAGUCAAAAUAAAUUUGCUGAACCAGUGAAGAAAAGAAGCAAAUUGGUGCUGCCAUCACCCCAGAUUUCAGACCAGGAACUGGAAGAUGUUGUCAAAUUAGGCCAGGCAAGUGAAUAUGCCCGUCAGCAGGCAGAGGAAGCAGGUAUCCAGGAUGGGGCAUCCAAAGCUCUUCUGUCUGAUUAUUCUGUUACACCAAACGCUGCAAAUCUGAGGACACCCAGGACACCAGCACAGCAAGAUACAAUUUUACAUGAAGCCCAGAACAUAAUGGCUCUUACCUUGGUGGACACCCCCUUGAAGGGAGGGAUGAACACUCCACUGCAUGAGAGUGACUUCAGUGGUGUCACCCCAAAAAGACAAGUGUCUCAAACUCCCAACACAGUGCUAGGCACACCCUUCAGAACUCCUGGCAGAGAAGGAGUGGGUGCCACACCCAGGCAAGGUAUGACCCCGGGCAAGGGGCAGACUCCUCUGACCACACCCUCCAGAGACAACCUGAGAAUAAACCCAGAUAUGGACUUUGAUGAACAACAAGAAUAUGGAAACUUUGCACAGCAAAAUCAGAAAGAUCUACUGAAAAGGGGUCUUUCUUCCUUACCUGCCCCAAGAAACGACUAUGAAAUUGUUCUUCCUGAAAAUGAGUUGCAACAGAAUGAUCAACACAUGAAUGAGAUGGAAGGAUUCAUACACGACCAGGCAGACUUGGAUGCAAUGAGACAUGCAGAAAUGGAGGCCAAAAGGCAACAGGAGCUGUUAAAGCGGUCCCAGGCAGUUCAGAGAGAAUUACCCAGGCCAGCUGAUGUGAAUGCUAACAUUAUGAGACCUCCCCCUGGACCAAGUGAUCCUCCCCUUACAGAACUUCAGAAGGCAGAGGAACUGAUAAAGAAAGAGAUGCUGACCAUGCUUCACCAUGAUGCUGUGUACAGUCCCACAGACACCCAGCUUGGCAUAAUACCAGGCAGUAAGAAAGCUGUGCCCAGUCAGAAGACUGUGGUGAACCAGGCCCAGCACUUAGCAUACCUGGAGCAGAAUCCAUACACAGAGGUAGAUGAUCAUGAUCUAGAGCAGGCCCGCGAGCUGCUGCGUAGGGAGAUGGAGGUAGUGAAGCGUGGUAUGGGGCAUGGGGACCUGUCCUUGGAGGCCUAUACCCAAGUGUGGGAGGAGUGUUACUCCCAGGUCCUGUAUCUACCAUCACAGAACAGGUACACCAGGGCCAACCUAGCCAGCAAGAAAGACAGGAUAGAGUCACAGGAGAAGAGAUUAGAGGUCAACAGAGGCCAUAUGACCAGAGAAGCUAAGCAUGCUGCAAAAAUAGAGAAGAAAUUAAAAAUUUUACUGGGAGGCUAUCAGUCUAGAGCACAGGCUCUAAUGAAACAACUGCAUGAUUUAACGGAGCAAGUGGAACAGACCUUCAUUGAAAAACAGACUUUCUCUCAUCUUCGUCAGCAUGAAGUAGGCGCCAUUCCUAAGAGAUUGGAGUCUCUAACAGAGGAUGUGAACAGGCAAACGGAGCGAGAAAGAGAGUUACAGAAAAGAUAUGAUAAACUGCAGCGGAAAAAAGAUAUGCUGGCAUUAGGAGUGUACUAGCACCUGAGGAACUCUGUUCUACUGUGAGACUUCAGCACAAUUAUAAUGCUGUAUUUUAACUGUUGAAGAGUACAAAUAUGAGACUUAUAAUUAUGUCCUUUAAAAGACACAAUGUUAUGUCAGUGCAGAAUCGAAGCAAUAUGUUGGAUUAUUUUCUUCAAACUUUUCAUUCGGGACAAGAUCAUUUGAUAGAGAGUGGUUCAUUUAUUUUUAAAAUGUGCAUAUUUACUUUUUGGAAGAUGAAAGGUCCUAACAUCUUGCAAUGGAAUAAUUUCUUAAUGACAAUCUCAAACGUAAAAAACGUAAAUAUUAUGAUUAUGUACAGAAAGAAAAUUUUGACAUCUUAAUACUUUAGUAGAUGCUGGUUGAGAAUUUAAUCAUUUAAAAACCUCGUCACUAUUCUUCGUAAUUUAAUGGCCAUUUAGAUACGUAUCAUGUUGUGCUUACGUAACUCUGUGUAAAACUACUGGGGUAGAGGGGCACACCCACUCACGUUGCAGCUGGGGUUGUUUGUUCAUCUACAUUUUCGAUUUUCUCAUUGCUAUAUUAAGACCAAAAUAAAUGGUUGUGGAAGUUU